AUGAAGGAAGAAGAAACAGUGAAGCAAGAUGCGCAUGUAAUCAUAGCGAUGGUUAACGAUAUAAGGCUCCUUGGUGAGCACUUUGAUGAGGCAAGAAUUGUGGAAAAGGAACAAAGGAGAGCUAGCAGAGCUGAAGAUCACCAGGAAGGUGCAUUCAAUGCCAAGGCCAGAGAAGCCUCGAGCUUCAAAGCUGCAAGAGGCAAAAGGCCUUGGAAAAACAGGCCUAAGACUGAUACUGCAAGGAGUAAUGACCAGCCCUGCAGACAUUGCAAGAGGCCAGGUCAUCCAGAAGACAGAUGCUGGUUUAGGCCAGAUGCAGUAUGCCAACACUGCAAGAAGAAGGGCCAUGUUGAAAGGGUCUGUAAAAACAGGAGUAAGCCAAGGCAGAAUCAAUUUCAGCAGUCAAAGGUUGAAGCUCGAGUAGCUGAGGACUGUAGUGACCAAGAAGAACAGGUCUUUGCUGUUUCCUGCUUAGCUGUUCAGAAGAAAUGCUCAAAAGGCUGGUUGCUGGACAGUGGUUGCACUAACCACAUGUCACCAGAUGCCUCCUUGUUUAAAACCUUGGACAGAAGUUAUAAAACCAAGGUCAAGGUUGGAAAUGGUCAGUUUAUAAGGACUGAAGGAAGAGGAGAAGUGCUGAUAUGUACUCCCACAGGCAACAAGAUCAUUCCAAAUGUGCUGUUGGUGCCAGAGAUUGACAGAAACCUUCUCAAAGAUAGCUCAACUGCCGAGAAAGGUUAUUCAUUGUGUUCAAGGACAAACAAUGCCACAUUAUCGAUCCAAGUGGAUCAAGCCUUAUGA